AUGAAGAGAUUUAGCAUCUUCAAGUUAGAAAAAUCCAACCGGCCAGUAAUGACAUAUGCAAAAAUGUCUGGAUUAAGAUCUACAUCUAAAAGUAGAUACCUGAUGGUAGUUAUAUUUGUGAUUAAUCUUAAAGAUAUUGGUGAAAUCUAUAAAGUACGCAUCGGACAUGACAACAGUGGAAAGGAUCCCGCGUGGUAUCUGGAAGAAAUUAGUCUUGAGAAUAUAGACACAUGUGAGGUGUUUUGUCUAGCUGUUGACUCCUGGAUAGCUGAGAAUGAAAAUGGUGGCAAUCUAUGGAAAGAAAUGCCCAUUGCAAGAACUAAUAAAGCACCUUUACCAGUGGUGGUUUAUGAGAUCUACAUGUACACGGGCAGGAAGCCAGGUGCAGAGACAGAGUCUAAUGUGCUUAUCAACCUCAUUGGCACCAGAGGAGAUUCAGGGAACCGAAGGCUUCAUCAAUCCCAAAAUAACAAAGUCAAGUUUCGGCGUGGACAGGUUGAUAUUUUUUCCAUCGAGGCAGUGUCUCUUGGAAAACUGAAGAAAGUUCUGAUUAGUCACGAUGGGACAGGUCCAGGUAAUGGAUGGUUUCUUGAGAGUAUUGUUGUUAAAUCUGAAGAGGAAGAUGGCAUUCAAGAGGUGCUGUUUCCAUGCAACCGAUGGCUAGAUGAGUACCAAGAUGAUGGCAGGACUGAACGAGUAUUGUUCGCAGAAAGUAGCUACCAUGAAGGAGGAGACUGAGUUUGUGGCCUCCAGAU